AUGGCGUCUCUUUUGGGUGAAGUGUUGUUUGAAGCAGACGGACAGGGUACAGCUCCCUGUAAAGACUUCUACCAGAUUAUUAUCACACAUAAUGAGGUUAUAUGGAGGUGGUGGAAGAUUUCAAUUCGGUCUGAAUUCAGAGGGACACCACCUGGAGAGAUAAAACAGUCCUACAAUGACUUUUUGCAGGAUGACAGAUUGCAGGAGCAGGUAGGUGUGGUGUUUGGUCCCAGGACUCUGGAAUACAUUUUGGCUCUGUGCCAAGGACAUAUUAACUACCUAGAUCGUUUACCUGACCAGCUGCUCCUUAAGACCCUUUCCUACUUGUCCUGGCCUGACACUGGCCACCUCAGCCAAACCUCAAGCAGGUUUAGGAAGCUGUGUAACUCAGAGGAUUUCUGGAAGCAGAUGAUCCUGAGACAUUGUGACAUGAUAACAGAAGACAUGGAGAUGCUGGCGAAGGGCAUGGGCUGGAAGAACAUCUUCUUCAAGUUUUACUGUAAUGAAGAAGAGCAUGGCAGCACUGCCCAUCCCGCAGAAGAAGACAAACCCAGUACUGCUACAUCUCCAUGAACAAAUAAAUACAGUUCAUUCUCAAAGAAUCAAGACAAUCAGUAUUCAUUCAUUUAUCUAUUUCUGAGGCUUUUCUUGUUUGCAACUUCACUACAUUGAUUCAAUUGAAAUUCACUCAUAAUCUUGAGUGCUAUAAUGCCAAUGUUGUGUGUGUGUGUGUGUGUGUGUGUGUGUGUGUGUGUGUGUGUGUGUGUGUGUGUGUGAGCGUGUAUUUAUCACUUUGUGGGGACCAAAUGUCCCCAUAAGGAUAGUAAAACCAAAUAUUUUUGACCUUGUGGGGAC